AUGAGCAUGGUCUCUUGGAAAAGUCUUUUCUGCAUCACAGCCAUCAAUUUGUUUGCUCAGAUCUCUGUCUACUGCUUCCCAGCGGGAGAGAGAAACUCUCACAACGAAGAUCAAGAAAAUUGGUCAGGACUGUAUGAUCUUUUGGAAAUAAGUAGUUUCGAUCCAAGCUGGUACGAUGAGACUCAAAGUGCUCACAAAGGAGGUGAAAAUGCUCAAGUCGGAAGCGCUAACCAAGGAACUAUGGAGGACGGCCGAAAGAAAUCUAUGAAGAGGAAAAGUCGAAAAACACCUGAAGACAGAGAGAAACAAAGAGUAUAUCGUCAAACCUUAAAAGAGAAUCGUGAAACGGAUCCGAUAGCACAGCAAAAACACAGAGAUAGAAUGAAUGAAUUCAAUCGAAAGUGGAAAGCAAAUCGUACAUCAAAGAUGACAGAAAGCGAGAAAGAAGCUUUCAUUGUGCGCAAAAAGCAGGCCAAAGCACGAUACAAUGAAUCACACCGCACCAGAUGCGGUGGAUACUCUUCCUCAAAACAACAGCGAUUAGCCAAGAUAAGAAGAAUGAAAGCAGAAGGAACAGCCAAUGAAGCUGAUUUAAAAUUUUUACAUGAAUAUCAACAUGAUGCAAAAUUGCGUAGGAGAAAAGAACGUGCAGCCCAAAAGGGGCACAAUUGA